GCAAAGUUCGAUUGCGUUUGGGGGAAGUGACAUACAACAGUGACCUGCCAGUCAUCAUCAUCCCUCAGUUUCCGACCGUUAAUUUCAGGAUUUCAGUGGAAUUCUGCAAUUUGUUUCUGUCAAUCCUGUGCGAAAACUGCUAACAUGGCUGUGCGAGUUAUCAAUGACGAUAGCCAUUUCCAUGGAGAGUUAUCGGCAGCCGGACCUAAGUUAGUUGUUGUCGAUUUCACAGCGACAUGGUGUGGACCAUGCCAGAUGAUUGCCCCUGUUUUUGAGCAGCUCUCAUCUAAAUAUCCCCGGGCAGUUUUCUUGAAAGUGGACGUUGACAAAUGUCAAGAAACAGCAGCUGCUCAAGGAGUUUCAGCGAUGCCUACCUUUAUAUUUUACAGGAACAAGACCAAGGUAGACCGUAUGCAGGGAGCAAAUCCAAGCGGGCUGGAAAGCAAAAUUCAGCAAUUGUAUGGUUCUGGUGAUGCUGAAGAUGAAGAAGAAGAUGGUGUUGCGGGACACAUGGAUCUCAGCCCUUUUAUCUCCAAAAGCCAAUGUGAAUGCUUGAACGAAGCUGAUGAUCAUCCAUUUACCAAUUGUACGAACAACAGCCCAACCUUUCUUGAGUCUGAUUGUGAUGAGCAACUCAUCAUAUCAGUUGCAUUCAAUCAAGCAAUUAAAUUGCACUCUCUCAAAAUCAAGGCACCUAGUGACAAAGGCCCCAAAAUUGUGAAAAUUUUCAUCAACCAACCCAGAACACUUGAUUUUGAUACAGCUGAUUCUAACCAACCUGUGCAAGAACUUGAUUUAAAGCCUGAAGAUCUGAGUGGGACCCCAAUUAAUUUACGGUAUGUUAAAUUCCAAAAUGUUCAGAAUGUUCAGUUGUUUGUACGAAAUAAUCAAGGAAAUGAAGAAACUACAAGGAUCCAACAUCUCUCUUUCAUUGGGUCGCCAAUUGAGACUACAAAUAUGACAGACUUCAAAAGAGUUGCGGGUAAAAAAGGAGAGAGCCACUAAGUGACAUUCAGUGGCAACAAAGUUCAUGUUAAAAGCAUUUAAAGCAAGUGUUAUUACCAAGUGAUUGCAGCAUGUAACAUUUUCUGUCUGGUUUUAACUCAGUAUCAUUGGUCUGUACAUUUUGAAUAACUUUGUUCUCGUACUGUUUAAAACAUUCCUGUUUCAGGAAGUGACUUUGUCAACUCUUGGAUGAAUAAGGAAAUGAAUAAUAAAAAAUCUAUUUGCUAUUGAGAUUUAUAAA